AUGCGCCAAGCGCUAACAUCUAGUGCAUACACCAGGACGUACACUGUCAUCAUGACCGCUACUAAGACUAUUGCGCUUGCUGGAGCAAAUGGUUUUGUUGGCCAGGCGUUUGCCAAAGAGCUACUCAAUCAAGGACACAAGUUGCAUAUCCUCACUUGCGCUGAAUCUAUUGAGUCUGCACCAAUGCAAGAGUUGAGGUCCAAAGGCGCAUCCCUGCAUGCUAUCUCAUACAACAACGAAUCAAGCUUGAUUGAUGCUCUCAGGGGUAUUGAUGUUCUGGUUUCAACAGUAGGAAUGUCAGCAGUACUCUCUACUCAACUACCGCUCAUCAAGGCUGCCAAGGUGGCAGGAGUGAAGCUGUUCUUCCCCAGUGGGUAUGGGAGCCCUUUUGAGGGAUCUUUGAUCCCCUCGCCAAUGAUUCAGUCAGAGAAAAAGGUGAUCAAGGCAGCUCAGGAAGCUGGGCUGCCGUUUGCAGCAUUGCACAAUGGAGGAUUUCCAGAGCGUUGCUUUAGCCCACCUUUUGGGUACAACUUUGCUGAGAAGAGAGUGACGGUCUGGGGAGACGGGAACGCCAGAAGUACUUGGACAACUUUGCGUUCUGUUGCCGACUGGCUGGCCAACGUACUCAAGAUUGUUCCCCUGUCCGAGCUUGAGAACAGGUACCUGUUGAUCCAAGGCAAUGUUGCAACUACCAACAAAGUGAUCAAGUUAUGGGAGCAAAAACACAAUGCAAGACUUGAAAUUGACUAUCGGCCUAUCAAAGAGCUAGAUGACCAAGUGAAUGCAAACCCGGAAGAUGUAUAUUCGGUCUUAGCUCAGGACUGGGCUUCUGGUCGAGGUGAGAUUGGCGGAAGGGACAAUGGGCUGUACCCUGAGUGGCAACCAGAUACGAUUGAGAGUAUUCUGUGA